ACGACACACGAAAACAAGCGACGGCACGUACCUUAAUAUCCUGGUAGCAAAAAACCUACGAACAUUUCCCCGUUCAACACAUCUCUCGGUCACUCUCCCUCCCCGCUGUUCCCUCCUCCCUCCCUCCCUGCUGUGAUAACUACGAGAGUCGGGGAACGGAAAAGUAAUGGCGAUUACGUCGUCAAUAGUGUCCGCGCUUAGAGCCUACUGGCUUCCAUUGAUUCUCUUCUCAGCUUCCCUCUUUUUUCAGCUCAUCGUCAUUCCGUCUUCCUUUCCUCCUUCUCAUUACGAGGUUCUUGGUAUAGCGAGGUAUAGCUCUAUCGAAGAAGUGACAGAUGCCUACGAGAAGCUAUUAUCCAAGUGGAAUUCAGGUGUGGACAUUCCCAAUACUGGUGACUUUAUUAAGAUUCGAUAUGCGUUUGAGCUUUUGACCAAUCCAUUAUGGAAAAGGAACUACGAUAUAUUUGGCAUCGACGAGCAACUUCAUGUUAUAGACAAAGUUGAAGGGCAAUAUGCUGGCAGAAAUUAUGUAGACAUUGACAUCCCACUGUUGAAGAUCACUUCCUCUGAUGUUGGAGAUAAUGCUUUUAAUGCUAUUACCUCUAAUGACUUUGGUUAUAUGCUCGAAAGCAACAAGGCUUGGCUAAUUCUGUUGCAUUCACUUGGGAGCAGCAGCUGUGCACAAUUUGCCGACAACUGGAAAAGGAUCUCUGCAUUGUUGGAUGGGGUUGCUAAUACUGGCACGGUGGAAAUUGGUGAAGUUCAGCUUGCAACAUACCUUGCUGAGAAGAGACCAACAGGGCAACCUUUCUUUCGGAAUGGCCUUCCUUCACUUGUUGUGUUUCCCAUGGGUUGUAAUGCUUCAAAUUGUCUUAUUAGAUAUGAGGGAGAGCUCUCGGUUGAUGCCGUUACUGACUGGUUUGCAACUACCAUCCUUAGUUUACCUCGCAUACUGUACUAUUCCAAGGAGACGCUGGUUCACAAUUUUCUUGCAAAAGCUAGUCCUCAUAAGGUAAAAGUCAUUUUCUUAUCAAGAACAGGGGAACGUGCUACUCCAUUUUUGCGUCAAGCUGCUAGGGAUUAUUGGAAUUAUGCCUCCUUUGCAUUUGUGUUAUGGCAAGAAGAGGAAUCUUUCUUUUGGUGGAAUGCGUUCAAGGUGGAAUCAGCUCCUGCAAUUGUAAUUUUGAAAGAUUCCGGAGUCAAACCUUUAGUACAUCAUGGAUCAAUUAACAGUUUGUCGUUCUUAAACAUGUUGGAACAGAAUAAACAACAAGAGCUUCCUCAAUUAAGAAGUGUGACAUCUAUGGAGCUGGGUUGUGAUCCCCGAGGUUCUUCUCGUGCUGGAAAUGAUACUAUGAUUUGGUAUUGUGUCAUUCUAGCAGGAAGGCAUAGCCCGGAACUUAACAAAAUGCGUGGAACCAUGCGCAGGGUCCAAGAGGUACUAUCUACUCAUGGAGAUGAGUUAAAUACAGUUGAUAAAGAUCAAUCAUUGGAGCCAUUAGCGAUUGCAGUAAAGAAAAAGCGAUUGACAUUUACAUGGCUUGAUGGGGAGAUGCAAAAGAAUUAUUGUUUCUUCUAUCUUAAUACCCCAACCAGUUAUGAAACUUGUGGACCAAGAAAAGAUCCUACCGAUGUACCACAGUUACUUAUUGUACGUUACAAAAGGGAUGCUUCUCAAGAUAAGAUAAAAGUUGAGAGAAAGAAAAAAAGCAUAUUUUAUGAAUUUCAAGAAGAUGUGGAUGCUGCAUCACAGCUUGUGGCAAGGUAUAAUGGUACUGAUGAAAUUUCUCAGAUUAUUCAGUGGAUCUCGCAGAUAAUCAAGGAUGGUGACUCUAGCAAUCUGCCCUCUUUUAGAGCAAAAACUCCUGAGCUUAUUCCUGAAGAUGCAGAUCCCCUCUGGUCCAGAGGUGCUCAAAGCAUUUUUUCUACUGGCCAGGGAUUGAGAAAAAGAAUUCAGAGGAUGAUAACUGGAAACUAUAAUCACCUAGCUGAUCCAAGGAUUGGUCCAAUCUUGCUUUUGGGAGCUUUGAUGUCUUCUGGUAGUGUCUGGCUGCGUAAUAAAUCAAGUGUUCCAAGUAAGUCAAAUCGGCAAAGUCAACCGAUAGCUGAGGAUGAGGUCAGACAGAAGCGAGUGAACCGCCGAAGAACAGUCUCAAGCCAAAGUCAGCCAUCUUCCAUUACUGAUGUGGAACCCAAAGAUGCUUUCCAGAUGCCAAUGUCCGAUUCAGACUCUGAGUAGCUGAUGUUGCUGAAUCAAUUGAAUAAAAUGCACCGAGAUCUUCAAAAUUGAGGAUUGAAUGCCAUGAUCACUGGCUUAACUGAAUUGUUUUGAAUUGGUGGAAAAUAGUGAAGUAGAUAACAAAGCUGAUAGUGGAUUGUGUUUUGUUUCCUGUAAAUAAACCCACAUUAACCUAUAACAUAGCUUCAAAUAAGACAUUCUUUAAACAAA